GAACCCCGAGCCGUCGACCCUUACACUCCCAAACCGUACAGCUCUCCACAGUCAGCUAUGGCCGGUGUCCGCGCAGCGAUGGUGGUGGUGGUGGCCAUGGCGGCACUCGCCGCCGGCUCUGGCAUCCCGCCGCCGCCUCCGCAGCAGUACAACGGCGUCUGUCCGGUGCCCGACGGCGCCACCACCUGCGACGUCCUGUGCUACAGCGACAAGGACUGCUCGUACGGCCAGCAGUGCUGCCAGUUCGGCUGCAGCCGCCGCUGCCUGCCCGUCUGCCAGUACCCAUGUGGGCCCAACCAGCAGUGUCGCCUGGUCGGCAACCAGGCGCAGUGCGUGACCAUCGACCCGUGCGCCAACCACCCGUGCCCCUACGGCAAGAAGUGUAUCAUCGGCUACGGCGGCCGUCCGCGCUGCGUCUGAGCACCGCGUCCGCAGCGGCCCGGGCCGCGCGCGCGCCGCCUCUGAUAUACCCGUCUGUGCCGUCUGUGAGCUCUGACCGCGUCCGCAGCGGCCCGGGCCGCGCGCGCGCCGCCUCUGAUAUACCCGUCUGUGCCGUCUGUGAGCUCUGAGCUGUUCGGGAAAACGGCCCUUGUUUGUAAUUGUUUUAUGUUUUUUGGAAACAAGGGGUUUGAGCUAAAAAAAAAACAAUUUCUCGAAAAUAUAUGUAUAUUGGCU